CCCAAAUCCCUGCCCCGGAUGCUUGUCUCUCAAUUUCUUUGGUAGAAGAAAAGAGAUUUUCAAUAAAAGUUCUCUCUAUAUAAAUAGUACGUACACAGGACCCCCUUGUUCAUAAUUCUUUGGGAUAUGGGAAGACCACCUUGCUGUGACAAAGUAGGGGUCAAGAAAGGGCCAUGGACGCCUGAGGAAGAUAUCAUCUUGGUCUCUUACAUACAAGAACAUGGUCCCGGGAAUUGGAGAUCGGUUCCUACUAAUACAGGUUUGCUUAGGUGCAGCAAGAGUUGCCGGCUUAGAUGGACAAAUUAUCUCCGGCCGGGUAUUAAGCGUGGAAACUUCACCGAUCAUGAAGAGAAGAUGAUUAUCCAUCUCCAAGCUCUUCUGGGAAACAGAUGGGCAGCCAUAGCGUCCUAUCUUCCUCAGAGGACAGAUAAUGAUAUAAAAAAUUAUUGGAAUACCCAUUUGAAAAAAAAGCUCAAAAAACUCCAAGAUGGGCAGAAUCAUGAUGGGUUCUCAGCCUCACAGCCAAAGGGUCAGUGGGAGAGAAGGCUCCAGACAGAUAUCCGUUUGGCUAAACAAGCCCUUUGUGAGGCCUUGUCCCUUGACAAAUCAAGCUCUUUAACUGACUCAAAGCCCUCUACUACUAACGUCUCUCACCCUUACACAAGACCACAUCAAGUAAUAGGAUCCACCUAUGCAUCAAGUGCAGAAAACAUUGCAAGAUUGCUCGAAAACUGGAAGAAAAAUUCACCAAAACAAGCUCAAACAAACUCGGAUACUAUCCUAAUGUCCGUAGACAAAGCAGCAGCGGCCAAUUCCAGUACUAGUGAAGGAGCACAUAGUGAAACCACACCUAAUCAGCGAUUUGACUCACUUUUUAGCCUCAACUCUUCCAACUCAUCUGAUUCGUCUGUGUCGGUGGAUGAGAAUGGAAAUUUGACACCAGAAACCAGCCUCCUCCAUGACGAAAGCAAGCCAAACAUGGAGAAUCAAGUUCAAUUCUCAUUGUUGGAGAAAUGGCUCUUUGAUGAUGGUGCUGCUCAGGGUCAUGAAGACCUAAUUAACCUGUCCUUAGAAGAUAGUGCAAUUGGGUUGUUUUGAAGAAAAGACCUUAAUUAUCAUGUCUUUAAUGUGUUAGGGCUUCUUUUCUUUUUUGUUUUUGAGAGUCUAGGUCUUCUUCUAGUAAACCUUGUUAGUUUCUAGCCUAAUUAUGCAGAAAUCAAGAUAACACCCAACUUUAAUAAUUAGUGGAAGAACAAAAAGUGUAAAUUAAAAAUUUACUACAUCUAUGUAUUAGACAAAAAUAUUAUCUAAUGUCAUCUUAUUACUUCGUUAUAA